AUGUCCUUGUGUCCGCACCACCUCCUUCGAUCCCGCUUGAGCGCCGGACUGCCCUCUCGUGCUCCGCAGCACAGGACACGUUUGGGGCAUUGGUAUCGACAGAGAACAAAUCUUGAAGGGACAAGACACGUUACCAACCAUGCUUUCAACUCGAAUACUGCCGUAUCGGGUGACAUUAGGGUUGUCAACAACGAUGUGAAGACUUCGACCGUCCCUCGAAGUGAUCGGAGUACACAUAAGGAGCCUUCUCCCGAUAAUUCCUCGGCCUCUUCAACAGCUGCUUCCAAUUCGUUUCUGAAGCAAUCGAAUACGGCUGGUAAGAGUCGGAACGGUGCACCGCCAACUCAACAACCAGAUACGUCUGUUCAACCACCCCGGGAAGGCCGCGGCAGGCGGGCUACGCGCUUAAUAUCGCAGAAUUCUGUACGAAGGAUUGUUCAUAAUGGGGGCUUUCGACGCAAUCUUGCACACCAUGUGAUCUCCCGGCUAAACAGCCAAAUCAAACAUCAGAAAAGAUUUGUGAAACCGAGAUCAGUACAUCUGGAGGCUCUUAUCAGACUGGGCUCAUUAUAUUCGCGCCUGCUUGCCAUAAACCAAUGGAAAGCUGCGUAUGCUGAAAUCUUCAAAGCCAAACAUUACGAUCGAUCUGUGUACAACCGCGCAGUAAUACCAACAUUGAAAGAUUUCGGGCUGGAACUUCUGGAGAAGGUUCAGCAAGACUGUUUGGGGAGCUUUCGUGAAACCUGGGACUCGUUAGAUAGGACAGUGAAGGCUGCACAUUGGAUGCGAUUGGUGCUCUGGUUGCUGCAGAACUCCCCAGAGCUUGCCUUGGAAUUCCUAUUCGUUACAGUGAAAAGCAAAGACUGCCCGAAUUUCACCAUGGUUGCGGACUGUCUCCUCUAUCUGGAUGCAUUCUAUUAUGAUAGUUUGAAGAAGUGGAGAAAAGACACCCACACAUAUCAUUCAGUCUUGCAGGCCUGCUUGGACCCGAGAAGCUGGCCCAUUCUAAGCCUGCCGCAAAAGGGCGUUCGGCUCUAUCUGAGGCGGUCUAAUCAUGAAGGGGUCUCAUACGCUUUCAGGCUAGUCCGUGAAAGGCAGAUCGAAAUGACAGCUGAAACAGCACUUUGUUUCAUGCACCGUUUUACAGACUUCGGGGAUGUUGACAGCGCAGUCGAGGCACUACAAUAUAUCCCUAAACUCAAGCAGCCUGGGUUUGGGCUGGACUCCGAAGGAGUUUCCCGUCACUGCUCCAAACUUUUGACACUUGAUUCUGUGGUAGGGGGUGGACCAGGAGGGCGGAACUUUCGCAUUCUCCCCAGGCUUCUCGAAAUGGGUGUACGGCCAGACAGAGACAUGAUGAACGUUGUUUUAUCCAACGCUUUCAAGACGGGCGACCCGCAAUUAGGGCUUGACAUGCUUAACUUUAUGAAAGCCCAAGGCCAAGAGCUGGAUUCGUAUUCAUACAUAGCACUGCUCUCGGAUGCUGUUGCUCGUGGGGACCGUGAGCGUGUUAAUGCGUUGAUACAGGAGAUUGAACCACAUGAAGAGUUGCGGACGAACCCAUAUAUUGCCAGCAAGCUGUUCCAUGCCUAUUACGUUUUUACUGCAAAGCACUUGGAUGUUGACGCCAAUCCGAAAGAAGUUUUCUAUUCGAUGCUGGAUAAGUAUAACCAGCUUCACGAUAUUACUCCCCUCAAGGAACUUUCUAUCGUUCCACUCCACUAUACUCCCCCGCUUGGAAGUGCCAACACACCACCCUCUUUGGUGGCUCUAUACAUCAUGAUCGCAACGUAUUUCCGCUGUCAGAAGCGUAUCUCGAACGCCCAGCGCAUCUAUACGAGAUUCCGCAAUCUUGCGGCGCAGGGCCACGAGAUCAUUGCACCUCUCGCAGCAACUGACCAUACUUACAACGAGUUUCUCAUCGCACUCCGAGACGAUCCUCGUGGACUUCGGUGGUGCGUACGCCUGGUCGAGGACAUGCUCCAGUCCGAUUCGCUUAACCUUGGAUCGGACCCUGAAGACAAGAAUACGGCCAUUGUCCAUUCAAAGCCAACGGUCCGUACCUGGACGAUUUUACUGAGCGCCUUCGUGUUCAACAAACAGCCACUCGCGGCAGAGAAGGUCAAGGAGAUGAUGGCUAAGCACGGAGUCAAGUUCAACAACGUCACAUGGAACAUCGUGAUCAGUGGCUAUGCGAACGCGCAAGACGUGCCUGAGGUCGCGAAGUCUAUGAAGACGAUGGAAGAGCAAGGAUUUGUGCUCGAUGAGUAUACGAUGAAGAGUCUCCGGUACCUUCGAGACCCCGAACGAUUGUGGGUGGCUGUCGAAGAGCUGGAUAAAGCAGCAGCCGAGGCCGGCCUCCCCUCGCGAAACUCGCCGCACAACGAGUCCGCAGAAAAGGAUGAUGCGAACAAUCGUGAAAGGCUGCUGGAUCAAGGUCUGCGACGACUGGAAGCGAAGUUGAACCCCAAGUUAUAA